AUGCCGAAAGCGGUGUCGCCGGCCGCGCGCCAGGCCCGCCGCCACAAUCCGCUCGACGAAGACUUGCUCGCCCGUGGCCUGCUGAAGCAAAAAGCACCAAAGCGCGGCGGCGCCCACGCAGGCAGUGAUGAUGAGGACGGCCCGGGCUUCGUGGACUCCAAGGCAUCUAAGCGCAUUUUGCAGCUGGGCCGCGAGCUCGCAACAGAGGGCGACGAGGAGGCAGCAACACGGGCACAAAAGGCCGACGCGUUUGCCUUUGGCUCACGAUUUCCGGGCGACGAGGAGGAUGCCGAGAUCGACGAGCAGCCUGAAAGCGGCGGCGCCUUUGGCGACGACGACGUUUGGGAGGACGAGGACAAGACGGCGUUGGACGACGGCGGCGAGGGCGACCUGGAGCCGGAAGACCUGGCGGCGUUCGACAAGAUUGUCGGGGGCCACCGAGACGACGACCCAUUAUUGAGCAGCGGGCUGGACCUGCACAUUUCGGACAAGACGAAGACGCAAGAAGACGGCGAUGUAACGGAAGAGACGACGGCCGCGGGCAGCCGCAACCUGGCCGACAUUAUCCUGGCCAAGAUUGCCGAGCACGAGGCCGGCCAGCGGGGCGACGGCUCAAACAUGGAGUUCGUGCCCGCUGGCCACGGCGCGUUUGGCGAGGACGACGGCGAGAUCGACAUCAACCCCAAGGUCGUCGAGGUGUACAGCAAGUGCGGCCUCCUGUUGUCGCGCUGGACAUCUGGCAAGCUGCCCAAGCCGCUCAAGAUCCUCCCGACGGUGCCACAGUGGGAGACGCUGCUCGAGAUUGCGCAGCCCGAGGGGUGGUCCCCCAAUGCCUGCUACGAGAUGACGAAAAUCUUUGUGAGCGCCAAGGCCGAGGUCGGCCGCCGCUUCAUGGAAAUGGUGAUCCUCGACCGGGUGCGCGACGACAUUCGCGAGACCAAGAAGCUCAACGUGCACCUCUUUGCCGCCCUCAAGAAAUCGCUGUUCCGCCCGGCCGCCUUCUUCAAGGGCUUCCUGUUCCCCCUCGUGCUCUCGGGCACCACGACGCUGCGCGAGGCCCAGAUCGUCAGCGCCGCCCUCGUGCGCACCUCCAUCCCCGUGCUGCACUCCAGUGCCGCCCUCAAGGGCCUGUGCGACAUUGCCGCCGAGAUCUCGCCCGACUCCGAGGGCCAGUCUGCCAUCAGUGUCUUCAUCAAGGCCCUGCUGGACAAGCGCUAUGCCCUGCCCUACCAGGUCGUCGACGCCCUCGUUAUUCAUUUCCUGCGGGCCCGCGCCUCUGCCGUCCCGCCCGUCGUCUGGCACCAGAGUUUCCUGCUGUUUGCCCAGCGCUACCACGACUCCAUCACCGAGGACCAGCGUGAGGCCCUGUUGGACCUGCUGCUGACCCAUGGUCACGCCGCUAUUGGCCCCGAGAUCCGACGCGAGCUGCUGGCCGGUCGUGGUCGUGGCAUUCCCAUGCCGGCGCAGGGCGCCGAUUUUGACGGCGACGACACGAUGCUGAUCGAUGCAUGA